AUGGCCAAAGGCAUACAAGAUGGUUGUCAGUCUGGUUUCCAGGACAGAGAUGAAGACCAGGCACUGGACACUCCCUGGGGCAGCCAGCUCCCUGGAGGAGGGGGGCGGUACUUGCUAGGUGUGGGCAAUGGAAGCGAGGCAAACAUACGCUACCAAGUAGCUGGAGUGAUGGAGCAUUCCCAGGCUGUGCAGAACUCUGUCUCCACAGGCAUGAACGCAGCUUCGGUGACACUUGCCAGUGCCCUGCAGGUCAGGGGUGAAGCCCUGUCUGAGGAGGAAAUCUGGUCCCUCUUGUCGAUGGCUGCUGAGCGGCUCCUGGAAGACCUCCGAAACGAUUCCUCAGACUAUGUGAUCUGCCCCUGGUCACUCCUGCUUUCUGCAGCUGGAAGUCUUUCUUUCCAAGACCAUGUUUCUCACAUAGAGGCUGCACCAUUCAAGGCUCCGGAACUGCUCCAGGGACCAAAUGAGGAUGAGCAGUCCGAAGCAUCACAGAUGCAUGUCUACUCCUUAGGGAUGACGCUCUACUGGUCAGCUGGGUAUCGUGUUCCGCCAAACCAGCCCCUGCAGCUUCGAGAGCCCGUGCACUCCCUCUUACUGGCCAUGUGCGAAGACCAGCCUCAAAGACGGCGGCCACUGCAGGCAGUUCUGGAAGCCUGCCGCGUUCAUCAGGAAGAAGUGGCUGUAUACCCAGCCCCUGCCAGUCUCCACAUCAGUCGACUGGUGGGCUUGGUGCUGGGCACAAUCUCUGAGGUGGAGAGACGAGUUGUGGAGGAAGGUACCUGUGAGCGGCAGAGCAGAAGCUACUUUCUCAGGAGUAAGCUGCAUCGGGCUGCCAGUGAGAGCCCCGGAGCUCGGGCCUCUGAUGGUGUGCAGCUGCGAAGAGUUUCAGAGAGAAGUACAGAGACACAGAGCUCCUCAGAGCAACAUUGGAGCACCACGGCUCACAGUCCUUGUGGCUUCCCUCAUGGCGCUUUGGCAGGUGUGGAUCCCUGUGACUGUGAGGAGGGCCUGCGAUGUGGCUCUGGGCCUAUGCUCUUGGCAGAAGCAGAAAGCUCACAGCUAGCAACAUCUCCAAGGAAUUUCCUACAAAGGAACGGAAAAGCGAGUAAAGAGUUCUCCAGACCAGAGUUUAUCCUCUUAGCUGGAGAGGCCCCGGUGACCCUACAUUUGCCUGGAUCCAUCGUGACCAAAAAAGGGAAAUCCUACUUGGCUCUCAGAGACCUCUGUGUGGUCUUGCUGAGCGGACAGUGUCUGGAGGUGAAGUGCCACAUGGAGUCCACAGCCGGAGCUGUCUUCAAUGCUGUCAUGUCCUUCACCAACCUCGGGGAGACCAUCUACUUUGGUUUGGCUUAUGUGAAAGGUGAGGAGUUCUUUUUCCUGGACAAGGACACCAGAUUGUGCAAAGUUGCCCCAGAAGGCUGGAGAGAACAGUACCAGAAAGGUUCCACGGACACUUUAACUCUCUUCCUGCGGAUAAAGUUCUUUGUCAGCCACUAUGGGCUGCUCCAGCACAGACGGACAAGGCAUCAGCUUUACUUGCAGCUUCGGAAAGAUGUUUUAGAAGAGAGGCUGUAUUGCAAUGACGAGACACUACUGCAACUGGGGGUCCUUGCCCUGCAGGCUGAGUUUGGCAGUUAUCCUAAGGAGGUAGAGAAUAAAGCGUAUUUCCGAAUUCAAGAUUACAUCCCAGCAAGGCUUAUUGAGCGGAUGACAGCAAUCCGGGCCCAAGUGGAAAUCUCUGAGAUGCACAGGCUCAGUUCUGCACCUUGGGGAGAAGAUGCGGAGCUGAAGUUCUUAGAGUGGGCAUUCAUGUCGGGACUCACUCUGCCUCCUACCCUUCUCUUUGGCGGCAUUCUCUCAGUGACUAAUGCUGCAGGCUGCCCGUUCUUGGUACAGAGAGCUGAAGACAGAGUAAGAUUUGCACCCCCAGAACUCUCUGGGAGCUUCCGUGUCACUGACAUUCUAAUGAAUGCAUUCUCUGGGUGUUGCGAGCAUUUUGUUCUGCACUUCUUUACCCUAUCCCCGCAAGUCUGCACCAAAUUAGGAAGAGAAAUAGGAGGAACAUUUGUCUUGUUACGCAGCAUGUUUUCCUGGAGCACGCAGCAUGUUUUCCUGGAGCACAGUCUCCGAAAUGGGGCUGUAGGGGCCAAAGCACAUGGAUUGAUGUCAAUUGGGAAGAACAAUCUGCUUGUGGCCCACAGUUCUCAGUGCAGCAAGGGAAAGUCAGGACUGUUGGCUCCACUUUCACUUUGCUAUCUGCUGCUGGGAGAAGAAUCCAUGGCGGGAUGGGUGUGGAAAGGCAUCGUGGAGAACAGGAGACAGAUAACAUUAUUUCACUUUCAGCAGAUUGAGAUGCCCCAGAGGACAUUGUGCCUAUUUGUCUACAUCCCCAGUCUUCAGGGACACCGAAUUUUAGUUGUUGAGAGCGAAUUCUCAGAAUCAAACGAGCUCCUCUACUGA